AUGCACUCUAUGGCGCACGCCACGGCCGUCGCUGCAGGCGUCGCGAUCGCGGCUGUCGCUACAGCCGGUCGCGGGGCCCUCGCGCUCUACACCAGGUGGAAGCGGAUGCCCCCUACCCUGACUAAGUACUACGAGGGGGGAUUUAAAGAGACCAUGGACAGACUGGAGGCGAGCCAGAUCCUGGGCGUGAAGCGCAGCGCGGGCGACGAGCGCAUCCGCUCCGCGCACCGCAAGAUCAUGAUCGCCAACCACCCGGACGCUGGAGGGAGCUCGUAUCUGGCCACGAAGAUCAAUGAAGCGAAGGAAACACUCUUAGGGAAUAAGGGGGCCGGCGGGGGCCCGCGGUCGCCGUUCGACUAG